CUAUAUAAACAUCUUUCAAAACCAUCCUCUUCCUCAUUCCGCCUUUUCUCCCCAACUCUUUCAAGCCCACAUACCUUCAGUCUCUCUCAAUCAACUACCUGCAGCAAUGGAAUUUUGGGGCGUUGAGGUUAAACCUAAUGAAAUCCUUAAGGUCACAGUUGAGGAUUUCAAGCUCCUACACAUUUCUCAGGUUGCAUUGGGAGAGGUGAAGAACGGGAAAAAGGUGGAGAAUAUCCCUGUUCGUGUUAACUUCAAUGACAAAAAGUUUGUGGUGGGGACUCUGUCUUCUGAACGUGCACCACAAAUUAUAUUUGAUUUGGUAUUUCAGCAAGAUCUGGAGCUCUCACAUGGCUGGAAGGAUGGCAGUGUCUACUUUUGUGGAUAUGUUGCUGAUAAUCCCAUUGAGGAUGAUGACUAUGAAUUCGAUUCAUCAGAUGAAGAAGACGAAUUGAACUUCAAUGCUAACGGUACUCUGCAGACGAAACCAAAGGCAUCUAUUAAGGAAGUGAACGAAGAAGAUGAUUCCGAUGACUCUGAAGAGGUUGACUCUGAUGAAGAAGAUGAGUCUGAAGAGGAAAAGGUAGUGAAACCACCCACAAAAAGACCUGCUGAAUCUGCACAGAAAACACCUGUUCCUGCUAAGAAAGCAAAGAACAACACCCCUCAGAAAACUGAUGGGAAGAAAGGUGGUCACACAGCUACCCCGCAUCCUUCUUCAAAACCCAACUUCAAGAAAGGUAAGAAGAACAGUGGCGGCAAACGAGCGUAGAUACUAAAUUUGAGUGUGGGGUUUUGGGGUUUUCUUAAACAGAGAUACCAAGCUUAGUAGUAUCAAUUUUGUACUAAAACCAUGGGUUCUUUGCAAUUAAUUAUAAUUUUUUUUCUUGUCUUAUUGAAUUGGUGUUACUGUAUGGGGAAGUUUUGUUGAAUGUAAUCGGCUGUUUCAAGUAUUGAGAUUUGGUUUCAUCAA